AUGCUCAGAAAUUCUUAUAAUAAUGAUAAAUCAAGUUGCGUAAAUAUAAAAGUUAUCGUAAGGUGUAGACCAUUAAAUGAAAAAGAAAAAAACGAUAUAAAUAAUGAAGAGGUAGUUCGAAUUAAUAAUAAUGAGGUUAUAUUAACAAUUAAUAGAAACAAUGAAAUAUACGAAAAAAAAUAUAGUUUUGAUUAUGCAUGUGAUAAAGAUGUGGAUCAGAAAACUUUGUUCAAUAAUUAUAUUUACCAAAUAGUAGAUGAGGUUUUGCAAGGAUUCAAUUGUACGCUGUUCUGCUAUGGACAGACCGGGACGGGUAAGACCUAUACUAUGGAAGGGAAAAUACUAGAACACCUGAAACAAUAUGAUAAUAAUAAAAAGGUGGAUUUGAAUGAAAGUAUUAAUAGCGACAUCAGCUAUUGCUAUGAACUUUGUGAGAAUGAGGAUACUGGACUUAUAUUUCGAGUUACGAAAAGAAUAUUCGAUAUAUUAAAUAAAAGGAAAGAAGAAAAGAUUCGACAUUUUAAAGGAAAAAAGAAUAUAUUUGAUGAAAAGGAUAACGAACAUAUAAAUGUAAUAAAUAAGGAAACUAAUGGUAACAAUAAUAAUAUUAUUAAUAAUAAUUAUAAUAAUUUAUUAUGUAACAAAAUAAAUAUUGAUAAAAAUGAUAUUUAUAAUAAUUUAAAAAUUAAUAAAGAACCUAACAAUUUGUUAGUUAACGAAAAGAGUAGAGAUAUUACUUGUGAUGUUGUACAAAAAUGUAGUGUAGAUAAAAAUAGGAAUAAUGAUAUGUAUCAAACAUUUGAUGAUAAGAAUAUGUACGAUUUUAAUAUAAAAAUUAGCUAUCUAGAAAUAUAUAAUGAAGAAUUAUGUGAUUUAUUAAGUUCAACAAAUGAAAAUAUGAAACUUCGAAUAUAUGAAGAUAGUAAUAAUAAAAGUAAAGGAUUAAAUGUUGAUAAGUUAGAAGAAAAAAGUAUUAAUUCUUUUGAAGAAAUAUAUUAUAUUAUAUGUUCAGCUAUUAAAAAAAGAAGGACAGCUGAAACGGCUUAUAAUAAAAAAUCGAGUAGAAGUCAUUCGAUUUUUACUAUAACAUUAAUUAUAAAAGAUAUAAAUAAUGUAGGAGAAAGUAUAACAAAAAUAGGAAAAUUAAAUUUAGUUGAUUUAGCGGGUAGUGAAAAUGCUUUGAAAAGCUCUUAUGGUUCUUUAAAAAUUAGACAACAAGAAAGUUGUAAUAUAAAUCAAUCUUUAUUAACCUUAGGUAGAGUUAUUAAUUCGUUGAUUGAGAAUUCAUCUUAUAUUCCUUACAGAGAUUCUAAAUUAACCAGAUUAUUACAAGAUUCGUUAGGUGGGAAAACGAAGACUUUUAUUGUCGCCACUAUAUCACCCUCCUCUUUAUGUAUUGAUGAGACUUUAAGCACUUUAGAUUAUGUCUUUCGAGCUAAGAAUAUUAAGAAUAGACCCGAGAUAAAUAUAAAAACAACGAAACAAUUAAAAAUAAAGGAUUUAAAUAAUGAAAUCGAAAAGUUAAGAAAUGCACUGAAUUUAAGCAGAGAAAAGAGAGGUGUUUAUCUUGAUACAGAAGAAUAUAAUAAUAUACAAAAUAGUCUAAAGAAAAAUAAAGAAAUAUUAUUAGAAAAAGAAAAAAUUUUAUUUGAAAAAAGUAAAAAAAUAAAAAAUUUAUUAAAUAAAAUGGAUAAUACAGAUGAUCUACAAAAUAAAAUAUUUUUCUUUUUAAAAGAUACUAUUCAAAAAUAUAAAAAUAUACAAGCAUUUCAUCAAAUAUUAAUUAAAAAAAUAAUAGAAGAAAAAUAUAUUACACAAUUCUUAUUAAAUAAAUAUCAUUCUUUAGAAGAAAAUUUUAUAAAUCAAAAAAAAUCUUUUCAACAAAUUAAAACAAAUAUGUCUAAUAUAAUGCAUGAUAAUCUAUUAAAUAUAAAAAAAAAUAUUCAUCAAGAAAAUCAUCUUUUAAACGAUAUAUGUAAAACCAUCUUAUUCAUUUUAGAUGAUACCAAAAAUUAUCUAGUACAAAAUAAAAAAUCAUACAAUGAUUAUAUUAACCAUUUUGAAGAACUCAAUAGUAACAUUAAUUUUAAAUAUAAUGAUACUCUGAAUUUUAUACUGGACCAUAUGGAUAUUUUACAAAAAUAUGAUCAUGAUUACUUUUCUCUCUCCGAAAAUAUUAAAAAGGAAAUAUCACAAUGUAAAAUAAACAUACCACAUAUAAGUGAUGAAGCCAAGCAGAAAAUGCCAGCAAUUAUUGGUGUAUAUAAUACAAACGGAUUAAAAAAAGAAAAACAAAGUGGUGAAAAGAUAAUAUGUGAAAAACAAAGUGGUGAAAAGAUAAUAUGUGAAAAACAAAGUGGUGAAAAGAUAAUAUGUGAAAAACAAAACGGUGAAGAGAUAAUAUGUGAAAAACAAAGUGGUGAAAAGAUAAUAUGUGAAAAACAAAACGGUGACGAGAUAAUAUGUGAAAAACAAAACGGUGAAGGAAUAAUAUGUGAAAAACAAAAUGGUGAAGGAAAAACAUGUCAAAAACAAUAUGGUAAAGAAGAAAAUAAUGAGAUGCCAUUUGACCAUAUAGAGGAAUCAUUUAAUUAUCCUGAGAAUAAAGAAUUUAUAAAAGAUUUAUUAUUAAAUAGACAAGGUGAAGAUAUUAUACAAAAUUUAGAUAAUCACGAAUCUGAAAAAAAGUUAUAUAAUGCAAAAUCAUUAAUACAAUAUAUUAAAAGUAUAUGUAAUAUAUUUCAUAUUUUUUUAAACGAAUCAUUUAUGUUACUAGAAAAAAAAUGUCAUGAAAAAUAUAUACAUUGGGAUAAGGACAAGAAGAUUAUGAAUGACAACAUUGAAUAUAUUUAUAAAAAAUAUGAUGUUUUUGAAAAGGAGGAUAAUAUUAUAAUUAAUAAUUAUAAAAAAAUGAUAAAUGAAGAUAUACAAGAAUUUAAAGAAAAUAUUUUGAAAGAUAUUGAAUUACUUAUAAAUAAAAAUGUGGAAGAUAUUUAUGAAAAAAUGAAUAACAAGUUCGAUUUAUUAAAUAAAGAAUUAUAUGAUAAGUCAAAAAAAAAUUAUAAAUCUGUUUUUAUGAAUUCUGUAAAAAAGAUAGAUGAUACUAUACAACAUUUUUCUGAAUGCAAUAUUAAUGAUGAAAAGGAAUAUAAUAAUAUUAAUAAUGAUAUUAAAAGGAAGAUAACAAAUUAUCAUACUGUUUUAUAUAACAUAUUAUCUUAUUUAAAAAGAAAAAGUUAUAUUGAAGAAAAGGAACACAGCAAAUGUUUAAAUGAUACUUUAAAUAUUUAUAAUAAUUUAUUAUAUACAAAUAAUCUAAAUAUUGAUAAAAUCAUAAAUAACUUUACAAGUCAAACUAAUAUAAACAAAAUAGAGAAACGAAAGUUAUAUAACGUUAUAUCUGAAAAGAUUUUACAAAAUAAAAAUAAAGAAUCACAAGAACAAAAAGGGGGACGUCGUAUACAUAUGUUAAAGUCUAAUGAAAAUAUAAAACUUUUUAAUAAUAUAUUUGAACAAAAUUUAAACAAAUGUAAUAUGUAUAUAGCAGAAUUAAUAGAUAUAUUAAAAAAAAAAGAUUACUUACAAGACAUUCCAAGUACAUCAAGUUAUGAUCUCAUGGAAAAUAUGGAUGAUGAAUUUUAUCUAAAUAUAAAGGAUGAUGUACAAAGGAUAAGGGAAACGUUUGUGAAUGUCAUAGAUAUGUUUACUCCGAUGAAAAUCACAUCACUAAAUAGGGAUUCGACUUACGACACGAAUUAUGAUAAUAAUAAAAAUGAUGAUAAUAAUAAAAAUAAUCAUGAUAAUAAUAAAAAUAAUCAUGAUAAUAAUAAAAAUAAUCAUGAUAAUAAUAAAAAUGGUGACAAUAAUAAAAAUGAUCAUGACAAUAAUAAAAAUGGUGACAAUAAUAAUUAUGAUGAUAAUAAAAUGGAUCAAGGUCAUGAUCAUAAUAAUUAUCUUUAUAAUGAUGAUAAUAAAAUGGAUCAAGGUCAUGAUCAUAAUAAUUAUCUUUAUAAUGAUGAUAAUAAAAUGGAUCAAGGUCAUGAUCAUAAUAAUUAUCUUUAUAAUGAUGAUAAUAAAAUGGAUCAAGGUGAUCAUCAUAAUUAUUAUCUUUAUAAUGAUGAUAAUAAAAUAGAUCAAGGUGAUCAUCAUAAUUAUUAUCUUUAUAAUGAUGAUAUCAUAAGACAAAAUUUAUACUUGGAAGUUAAAAAUACCUUGAUGAAAGAGAUAGAACAAAUUACAACAACACAUGAUAUAGAUUUAAGUAAAGUAUUUGAACAAAUCGAUGAAAACUUCCAAUUUCUUAUUCAAGAUGAUAAAAUUGUAGCGCAUGAAAAUAAUUACUCUCGUUACAAUAGUUUAAAUGAUCAUACAACGAAUAGUAGUAUACCUCAUAAUAUAAAUAAUAAAGGUGAUAAAAAUAAAUUAAAUGUAAAAACUAAUCACAAUAAUCUACCCUUAAAUGAAUAUAUGCUAUAUAAUAAGAAUACAACGGAUAAUCCUAUACAACCAAUAGAUGAAACAUAUCAAGAAUUAAAUUAUUUAAAUAACAAUCAACAUAAUAAAAGAUUUGAUGUAAAUACAGAAAAUAUGAGUGUAACAAGUUUAAAAGAAUAUGAAAGAAAGAGAAAUAUAAAUGUUCAAAAUGUUCAUAUAACAAAUAAUUAUUCAAAUAAUAACAACAACAACAACAACAACAACAACAACAAUAAUAAUAAUAAUAAUAAUAAAUUUCAAUCUACAAAAAUUAAAGCUAUUGAAAAUAGGGCAUUUCCUAAAAAGGCAUCCCCUGCUUUAAAACGUAUAAAAGAAGAAAACUACAAAAAUAAAAAAUUUAAACUACCAAGAACAUCCAAGGAAUAA